AGAGGCCGGAUCCUCUUUCGCCUCCUCAGCGUCGACAUGACCAAGAAGAGAAGGAAUAACGGCCGUGCCAAGAAGGGCAGGGGCCAUGUCCAGCCAAUCCGCUGCACCAAUUGUGCUCGCUGUGUCCCCAAGGACAAGGCUAUUAAGAAAUUUGUCAUCCGGAACAUUGUAGAAGCAGCUGCAGUCCGAGAUAUCUCUGAAGCAAGUGUCUUUGACUCGUAUGUGCUGCCCAAGCUCUAUGUGAAGCUUCAUUAUUGUGUCAGCUGUGCCAUCCACAGCAAGGUGGUGAGGAACCGUUCCCGUGAGGCCCGGAAGGACCGCACCCCUCCACCCCGGUUCAGGCCUGCUGGGGCUGCACCGAGACCACCUCCCAAGCCUAUGUAAGGAGUUUGCUUGAGUGAUGUAAUUUUUGUUAACAUUGACUCAAUAAAUAACUUUACAGGUGA